GUACCUUUCGUCGUUAGCAACGAAGAAUAAAUGAGAGUGAGAGUAAAAAUGUGGAAGGAGGUUAAGAAGAGGCGGGUUGCCAUCCACCCUCGGAAUUGAAAUGAAAUCUUUUUAGGCGGAAGAGUCAAAAGUCGAUAUCACUUCCGCUCUGCUUGCUUUGUACAUUCCGUUUCACCAUUGCCACGUCUUUCUUUGCGCCCCCCUUACAUCACUUUGGGAUCUCAAAGAACUCCUUGUUGAAACACCUGUUUGUUCAUACCAUAUAACUUGUACCUCCCUCGACAUCGUAUGCCAAUCUAAUGACACAAUGGCGGCCGUUAAUCAUGAUCGCUGUGGGUUUAGCCAUAAUAUACCUCGCUAGUCUACUUCAAGAUCCUCCAUUCACUCGACCAAAAACACUCCAUGUAUCCGAUCGCCCGUACUUUCAACGUAAACCUGACGAGAUCGUCUUGUCGGUUGUCGGGUCGUAUUUAUAUAUGUCUGCUAUUUGGAUGAAUGGUGAAUAUCCAGACAAGAAUGGUAUCAAGCGUGGAACGAGUCAUCAUGCUGUUGGUGUAAAAGCUACCAUCAAGCAAUCCCGUGCCCCACUUGAGCUAUUCCGAUCCAAUUCGAAAAUAAUUGAAGCAGAAGCGCAUUGGGAAGAACUCUUUCAUCACGACGUGAAUGGCAUGAUUUCUCAUGUUUCCAAAUAUCCCGACCAAGUUUCGCCUCCUGAUGCGUCCGGAAAAGCUUAUUUCGCAGUAAUGUACCAAGAAAUUGAAGGAGAGGAUGUAAAGAACAUUGUUCGUGUGUAUUUUACCCCGCCUUCCAAGCAUGAAGCGGUAGACUAUGGAACUUUCAAUUACAAUGAGAUUGUACUACCCGGCUCUACAUGGAUAAGCACUUUCUCACUUGAAGAUGGAAUGCUGAUAUAUACCAGAGACCCCGACCGAUAUUACUUUAGAACUCUGCCUCUACCACCCGCAGUAUUUUCACCCCACCAUACCGGUGAACCAAAGCGCAUUGUUGCCUCUUCUAGCGUUGAAGGCAAAGUGAUGAGAGGUUUAACUCAACCUACGGCAUUCACCGAUUAUGAUACAAUGAUUGUUAGAAUACAUUCACCAAGCGACGAUUCGUUGCGUGUAGCAGCACUUCGCACCUUCAAAUUAGCCGAUCAUGCCACUUUAAAUGUGACCAUCAUGGACAACCUUACAUCAAUUGAUACCACAAAUGAUCAUCAGAAAGAGGUUAACGCUGGCUGGGUACUUCGAGAACGUGCAGAUAUGCGUGAUGCUCCACAAUUUCAUGAAGAUUACUCGCCAAUGAACGACAACCCGUACUAUCAACCUGAAAAAGUUGUGAAAAUGCCGAAACUUGCAGCUGCAAGAUCAAAAUCGUUGAAAACACUCAUGUACCCAUUCAAAAGCUAUUUGAUGAGCGUCGAUUAUGUUGAUGACUACGAAUUGCUGGAAAUCUCUCAGAAGAAGUGGAUGAAAGUCGUACGUCUGUGGAAAUCACAAUCAAAGGCAGGUAUGCCUGGCGGUGUUUUUGUCGAUUCAAAUUACAACGAGGACAUUAUUGUACCCUACGUUGAAGGCAAUUAUGAACAAGAAUUCGUCGGUGCUGCACUGAAUUCGGAUGGUAACAUUUGUGUUGCUUGGACGGAUUUCAACAAUCUCUUCAUAUACAAGCGUGGAUUUGGCCAGGCAAACUGGACAGCCCAUAAAUUGGUUGACCAAGGAUUGGCCGACGAAGAAAAGUCGAAAAUAGCACCUCAUGUUAUCAAAGUUUUAGAUAUGAGAUGGGGCGCACCUUGGGGAAUCACUUGGUACCCUGGCCAUGCUCGAUCGGUGGGUGUGGCAUCUGUAGAGGUCUGGAACGCAACCCAGUCUGUAGAUGUGGUCCCUGAAAAUAUAUUAUUGGUUGCCAUGAAAGAUGGCCGUGUGCAUUCGUUUGAUUUGGAGAAUACAGAAGAAAAAGCUCCAUCAGGAUUUUACAGCUUCUUGACCCAACAAUUGGGCAUGUUGAUAAUGAUGCUGGGUACGAUUGCGUUGUUUGUGAUCAACGAGAAUCACCAUGUUCGUUGUAAGGGCAUUUAGCGAAGAAAAAGGACCAAAUACGAAUAAAAUUAAUACAUUGACCAAGAAUACUAUUGCCGAGGAUACAGCGCUACAAAAUGUUUGGGGAAUGGCUAACACAGAACGAAGAAAAGCAAAAGAA